AUGGCUCCCAACCCAACAGCUCUCGACUUUGUCGAUUUCGUCAAUGCCUCGCCAACUCCUUACCACGCCGUCUACUCUGCUUCCCAACGAUUCGAGAAGGUCGGCUUCCAACUGAUCAAGGAGCGAGACUCCUGGGCAUCGACCCUCCGCCCCGGCGGCAAGUACUACCUCACACGCAACGGCUCCUCCAUCGUUGCAUUCACAAUCGGCCGAAAGUGGCGCCCUGGAAACCCCGUCGCCAUUGUCGGCGCCCACACCGACUCUCCCUGCCUGCGGGUCAAGCCCGUCUCUAAGAAGGCCGCCAACGGCUUCCUCCAGAUCGGCGUCGAGACGUAUGGCGGUGGUAUCUGGCACUCGUGGUUCGACCGUGACCUCAGUCUGGCUGGUCGCGUGCUCGUCCGCGACGGCGACAACUUCGUCCAGAAGCUCGUCAAGAUCGACAAGCCGCUGAUCCGGAUCCCAACCCUCGCUAUCCACCUUCACCGCCAGUCCAACUUCGACCCCAACAAGGAGACCGAGCUGUUCCCCAUCACUGGCCUUGCGGCCGCGGAGCUGAACAAGGGCGGUGCCAAGCCUGCUGAUGAGAGCGGGGAGUCCAAGACGGACGAGGCCGAGGCGGACCCCGAGUUCCAGCCCCUCAAGCAGAUGAGCGAGCGCCACCACCCCCGGGUCCUCGACGUCGUUGCCUCGGAGCUCGGCAUCGAUGCCGCCGCCAUCGCUGAUUUCGAGCUGGUCCUCUACGACACCCAGAAGUCUGUCAUUGGAGGCAUCAACGACGAGUUCGUCUUCUCGCCCCGCCUCGACAACCUGGGCAUGACCUACUGCUCCGUCGAGGGGCUCAUCGCCUCCCUCAAGGACGAGUCGUCCCUGGACAACGACUCCACCAUCCGCCUGACCGUCUGCUUCGACCACGAGGAGAUUGGCUCCCAGUCCGCCCAGGGCGCCCACUCCAACCUCCUCCCCUCGGUGUUGCGCCGCCUCUCCGUCCUCCCGGGCAACCGGGACGCCCACAGCGACCAGAGCUACGACCACGUCAACCACGAUGGCGACGAGGCCACCGCCUUCGAGCAGACCCUGUCCCGCUCGUUCCUCGUCUCGGCCGACAUGGCCCACUCGGUCCACCCCAACUACGCGGGCAAGUACGAGUCGUCCCACCAGCCCACCAUCAACGGCGGCACCGUCAUCAAGAUCAACGCCAACCAGCGCUACGCCACCAACUCCCCCGGCAUCGUCCUCCUGCAGGAGUGCGCCCGCUCCGCCGGCGUCCCGCUCCAGCUCUUCGUCGUCCGCAACGACUCCCCCUGCGGCAGCACCAUCGGCCCGGGCCUCGCCGCCGCCCUCGGCAUGCGCACCCUCGACCUCGGCAACCCCCAGCUGAGCAUGCACAGCAUCCGCGAGACGGGCGGCACCGAGGACGUGGGCUACGCCAUCAAGCUCUUCUCCGACUUCUUCGAGAACUACGGGACCCUGGAGCCUAGAAUUCUCGUGGACUAG